CUGGCGGGAAACCGACAUGUAAACAAAGGGUGGCAAUUUUCUCACUUUUUGGCGUCUCGGUCGUGCGUGAGUUUUCUUUCCCGCUGUCUUUAUCAUCGUUUCGCCUUAUCUCUUUCGUUUUUUUUAGGUGGUUGCUAGACAGUAUGGAGGUGGGAGAGAACGUGUCGUCUCUGGCUAAUGUCAUCUCCUCUCCUCCUGACAAGAUGAAGACUACCGCUAGUCAUCUCAAUUACACAAAUUUUCUAGCCAGCAGUUGUCUCGGUCCCCAGAGCCCUCUCCCCCCGUCGUCAUGACGAACACCAGUACCUGGAUCUGAUCAGGACCAUCCUGGAACACGGACAGGAGAAGGGGGAUCGGACUGGCGUGGGGACCAGGUCCAUAUUUGGAGAACAGAUGAGGUUUAACCUGCGUGACCAGUUCCCGUUGCUGACUACAAAGCGAGUGUUCUGGAGGGGCGUGGUCGAAGAGCUGCUGUGGUUCAUCUCUGGGGAACCUAACGCCAAACACCUAUCCCAGAAGAACAUCAAGAUCUGGGACGCCAAUGGGUCACGUGACUUCCUCGAUAAGAGGGGAUUACAUCAUAGAGAAGAGGGUGGGUCACAUGACCUUCACAAUCAUAAGAAAUGUAUAUACCGUAGUGAAGGAAACUUUGAGGGUAAAAAUGGAGUGUAAUGAAGUCAUCUUAUCCCACAAAUUUUUACUGAAGGCCUGCAGAUAUUGUAUAUGCGACGAGAGUGUCUCUCUUGAGUAGACAGGGUGGCAACCUUGUCCGACAGUCGUUUUACCUCUGUGCGUAAUUGUUCAAAUCCCUGUGCGCUUGACGAGCUGUUCGCGAAGGGAGUCGUACGGUCGAGUGUCUGGCGGGUAUAGUAUCAGGUCCCGACCUCUAGCAUAUUCGGGUGAGAGUGACACGAUGAUGUACUCGAAUUUCAUCCUUUCCGCGGUGAUACCCCGGGUUUUGACCUGCGCGAAUCAGACCUCGCGGUCUGACGGACAGUUUUAACAAUUUCUACAUUAAUAACGAAUGAUUAUGAAUCAGGUACUGAUGAAGUUAUGUGUAUGAUUGAUGUCUCCAUUCCAUACUGAGGAUCUGGGUCCAGUGUAUGGGUUUCAGUGGAAACAUUUUGGAGCCAAGUAUGUGCAUAUGCACACUGGCUACAGUGGUCAGGGGGUGGACCAACUGGCUCAGGUGAUCCAGACAACAGGACUAACCCAAAUGACAGGAGAAUCAUCAUGUCUACCUGGAACCCUCGUGACCGACCAGAGAUGGCCCUGCCUCCCUGCCAUGCCUUUGUCCAGUUCUACGCCAGUAUACCAGAGAUCAGCAGACAUGGGUCUUGGAGUUCCAUUCAACAUCGCCAGCUACUCUCUACUGACAUAUAUGAUAGCCCUCAUCUGCAACCUCAAGCCGGGAGACUUUGUACAUACUCUAACAGACGCACAUGUCUACCUCAACCACAUCCAACCCCUCACUAUACAGCUGCAGCGGAGCCCGAGACCAUUCCCGAGACUGGAACUGAGAAGACAGGUCUCCGACAUCGACAAGUUUGUUUACGAUGACAUCAUUCUCCAUGACUACCAAGAUACACAUGGACAUGGCUGUCUAGCAUCUUUUAUUCCCUUUCCAUGUUGAGUAUUACCUUCAGUGAAAUGACAUUCACAACUGCAAUAAUUAUAUGCAUGCAUCAUCUCAAGGGAAACGCGGCCCCACCCUGAAUAGUUUGAGCAAUGGCGGAGUUGCUUCGUGGCAACCCAGAGCUGCGGCAGUUUCUUCUCUCCAAUGUACGGCUAACUGGCGUCAGAAUCGGCGCCGGAGCCUAUGGCAGCGUGGAGGAGGUGGCCGUGCCUGGAGCCAUCUGCGCAGCUAAAAGGAUCCACGAAGUCUUCCUGGACCACUCCGAGAUCCCUGCGGCCGAGAUCCACAAGUGGGCCGCCCAGUUCGCGAAGGAAUGUCAGCUGAUGAGCACCCUCCGCCACCCGAACAUCGUCCAGUUUCUUGGUU